AUGAACGAGGCACUUCAAGAUCUGCGAGCUGUCCGUGAGAAUAAUCUUCGUGAAAGCACGAAAGUAGUUGAAAGAUGGCUUACUAAACUUCAGCCAAAACUCCACAGAUUGGGACAAGAAAAAUGGAUUGUUCUCGAACAAGUUCUCAUUGCUGCUCUGGAUGUACAUGAUUUUGAAACUGCACAGACCUGCCUCAGCCAUCUUCGUAAACGCUUUCCUGAAAGUGUCCGAGUAAAACGUCUUCAUGGAAUGCUUUUAGAGGCAUCGAACCAAUUUGAAGAAGCCCGUUCUCUUUAUAAAGAGAUAAUCGAUGCAGAAUCCACUGAUAUUAUUGCUCGAAAGCGUUUAGUAGUCAUAUUCAAAUCUCAAGGUCUGUACAAUCAAGCUAUUGAGGAGUUGAACAAGUAUCUCAAACUAUUCAUGGCCGACAUUGAGGCAUGGGGCGAAUUGAGUGAUUUGUACCUCGCUCAAGGUGAUUUCAAGCAUGCUGCCUUUUGUAUCAAAUAUUCUGAAGGUGGCGUAGAGAACUUGGAACUGGCUAGGGCCUAUUUCGCUCACGCAUGUCGACUUAAUCCAACCAAUGUUCGAGCUCUUUAUGGAUUAUUUUUGGUUGCCUCAAGUCUUUCUGGCAAGAGUCUUUCCGAGAAGACAUUAGCAGCUUUGACGGAAGAGAACAGUGGUUCUGCAGUGCAACAACAGUACAGCUUACCGCAGUCUGCCAAACAGGCGUCAAACAACGUCGAUAGCAAACGCGAGAAUCAUCAGCUCAUUGUCUACGCCGUGGAGAAGUUGAGAAAAAUCUAUGGUAAUGCAGGAUUGGUCGCACCGAUUGCACUUUUCAACAACUGCGCUAGUAAGAGCAAGACUUUGUCUGGGGGAAAGUCGAGACAACUGAAGGGAGGAGACACAGAGGCUGGUUUAUUAUGGGCACUUUUACUCGCGACCUCUAUUCAUAAGAUUGAGGAAGGACAUGUAGGUGUAUACUACCGCGGUGGCGCGCUUUUAAAAGACACCAGUGCUCCUGGUUUUCAUCUUAUGAUCCCGUUUAUUACAACCUUUAAGGAGGUUCAAGUUACACUCCAGACUGAUGAAGUAACUAACGUACCAUGUGGAACAAGUGGUGGCGUCGUGAUCUAUUUUGACAGAAUCGAAGUUGUCAAUUUGCUCUCUGCUGAUCAUGCUUAUGAUAUUGUGAAAAAUUACAGUCCGGAUUAUGACAAAACUCUCAUCUACAACAAGGUUCAUCAUGAGCUUAAUCAAUUCUGCAGUAGCCACAGCUUGCAGGAAGUCUACAUUGAUCUUUUUGAUCAAAUUGACGAAAAUCUCAAGAAGGCCCUUCAAGAGGACCUGCUCGUAAUGGCUCCGGGUCUGUUUAUUCAAGCUGUGCGUGUCACCAAACCCAAGAUCCCUGAAAAUAUUCGUCGGAACUACGAGUCCAUGGAAGCAGAGAGGACUAAGCUUCUCAUCGCUGAACAGCAUCAGCGUGUUGUUGAAAAGGAGGCGGAGACUGAGCGAAGGCGAGCAGUCAUUGUCCCGACCUCUCUUACUGAUGAUGGUGCAGUCGUUAGUGUUCAUGGGUUUGAUGAUGAUGAUGCCCUUCGUUCUGUCACUGGUGCUGAGGCCAGGUGGUUUAGUAUGUACCAAUAA